GCCAUAAAUAAAUGAGAUCCAUUGAGCUAAUAUGUUACAUUGUAUAUUGGGAAAUCUGAUCCAAUAAAUUAUUAAAGAGGAUGUUUUGGAGAACGCAAAUCAUAGAUGACAACUGAUCCAUCCUCACUUGAUGAUGCAAGUUCAUAACUUUUACAGGGAUUAAAUGCUACAGCAAAACCAAAUUCAUUAUGUGGAUCCAAUGUAUGUAUCAUUUAACCUGAUAGAACAUCUAAAACAUUUAAUCCUAGUCUAUCACCACAAUAUGCUAAUUAUUUAUUCUCAUUAACAGUUGUAAGAUUGACUGAAGCUUUAUCUUCAUAUGAGAAUAUUUCUUUGAGUCCAUUUUAAUAAUCAAAUAUUUUAAUGUAUCCUCCAUUAUCAUUAGUGAUAAGAUAAUUAUGA